CAAAUUUUGGGGGUUUUUUUCCCAUAAAGUUUUUCUGUAUUAUCAAACACCAGCAAUUGCCCCUUUGGGUACCUCAUUUAGUUUCGUAAAUGAGGAUAUAUUUCUACACGAAUCUCACUUCCAUCGAUCCUUUCUUCCUGUAAAGAUGCUUCGUCUGGCGUUGGUUGCCGCGGUGAUUGUUCAGGCCCUAGCGUUGCCCUUUGACUUGACCUUGGAUAACGAGUGGGAACUGUUCAAGGUCGCCUACAAGAAGAACUAUGGGGAGGAAGAAUCCAACAGACGACAGAUUUGGGAGGAUAACGUCAGACUGAUUGAGAAACACAACCUUGAGGAAGACAGGGGAGUACACACCUACAGACUGGGGAUGAACGAGUAUGGAGACAUGACUAACGAAGAGUUUGCUCGCGUGAUGAAUGGUCUGAUCGUGCAUAACAAAACCAGUACAAAUUUGUUUGAACCAACCAUGGAUCCAACAGACCUACCGGACUCAGUUGACUGGAGGGCGAAGGGAUACGUUACCGAAAUAAAAAAUCAGGGUCAAUGUGGGUCAUGUUGGGCUUUCUCCACCACGGGGUCAUUGGAAGGUCAACAUUUUAAGUCCACCAACAAGCUGGUCUCCCUCUCAGAACAGAACCUAAUGGACUGCUCCAAGAAACAAGGUAACAAAGGUUGCCAGGGAGGGUUGAUGGACAACGCCUUCAAAUACAUCGAGGAGAACAAGGGGAUCGACACAGAGCAAUCCUACCCAUACCGCGCCAAGAACGGUAAGUGCCACUUCAAGGCCUCUGACGUGGGCGCCACUGAGACGUCACACAAGGAUAUCCAGGAGGGCAGUGAGUCGGACCUACAGCAGGCGGCCGCUACCAUUGGUCCAAUCUCUGUCGGCAUCGACGCCAGUCACUCCUCCUUCCAGCUCUACAGAAGCGGGGUCUACAACGAACCAAGAUGCAGCUCCAAGAAAUUAGAUCACGGAGUGUUGGUGGUAGGAUACGGGUCAGAGGGCAGCAAAGAUUACUGGAUUGUUAAAAACAGCUGGGGCAAGUCCUGGGGAAUGAAAGGCUACAUUCAGAUGAGCAGGAACAAGAAAAAUCAAUGUGGUAUCGCCACCAACGCCUGCUAUCCAGUGGUUUAAGGGCUUAUCAAUCCAGCCAUGCAUUGUUAUUCUUUAAAGUCUAAAAAUCUCAAUCCUAAUGCUAUCAAAAACAGCUGACAUUAAUUAAUUUCAUUUUUUCUUGUAUUUUAAUGUAUGUGUUCUAAUUAUAAAAUUUAUAAAAAAAUAAUAUCAAAUGAA